UUGAUUGAUUACUUUGACUCUUGUCAAAGUCAAGUGUAGUGUCAAACAAAAAUAGGAAAAAAAUACAAAUUACAAUGAUAAAAUGGAGAUAUUGUUAAGAAUUUUACCAACUACGCCAGUAAAAUUAACUGCUUCUAGAAUUCUUUUAUGUCAUGUAGCAAAUUAUACCAGAUUGGCUGAGGUUGGAAAACUCGAACAACCGAAGGCAACAGGCAAAUAUGACACGGGACAAUUGAUUUUGCAUAAAGUAUUCGGUUAUCGUGGGGUGAUCCUGUUCCCGUGGUUGGCACGAGUGUACGACAGGGAUGCCACCAACAAGAAGGAGAGCAAAGACUCCUCAGGUAGCUCUGAGGCGUCGGGAGACUCCCUGUCUAACGUGGGCAAGGAAGUCAAGGGCCGAACACAUACAUUCUAUCAAGUCCUAAUUGAUACCAGGGAUGCACCUUACAUACGUGCGCAAACUGAGGCAGUGACUUUCCUUGGCAACCAAGAGUCAAGCCGCAGUCUAUAUGCCAUCCCUGGGCUGGACUAUGUGGCACAUGAUGACAUUAUCCCCUAUACUUCGGUAGAGCGAGUCCCCUUGCAACAUGAGCUAUUUGACAAAUUCCUUAUGCAUAAUGCAGAUAAAGAUCCACCAUUCAUUGCUCAAGAGACUUUGAGAGCAUGGCAGAAGAAGAACCAUCCAUGGCUGGAACUGAGCGACGUGCAUCGGGAGACGACCGAGGGUGUUCGAGUCACCGUCAUUCCAUUUUACAUGGGCAGCCGCGAGUCACAGAAUUCAGCUGUUUAUUGGUGGCGUUACUGUAUCCGGCUGGAGAACCUGGGGUCGCAGGCGGUGCAGCUGCGCGAGCGGCACUGGCGCAUCUUCUCGCUGAGCGGCACGCUGGAGACCGUGCGCGGCCGCGGCGUGGUGGGGCAGGAGCCCGUGCUGGCCCGCCACUCGCCCGCCUUCCAGUACAGCAGCCACGUCUCGCUGCAGGCGCCUAGCGGUCACAUGUGGGGCACAUUCAGAAUGGAACGUGAAGACGGCUACACAUUCGACUGUCGGAUUCCACCGUUUUCGUUGGAGAGUAAACCUGACGAGAGCUCCCCGGCCGCGCCCACCGCCGCCGCGUGACCGCUCUCACACGACGCUACGGUUCUGCCGGCACUUACCGCGACUGACCGGAGACAAAGUGCCUCUACACUUCAUUUGAGUAGGCAUAAACAAUCUUGAUAGAACUUUUUAUAAAAAUACACAUUAAACAAAUAAACUAGGGCUUAAAAUAAUGAUUGAAUUGAUUAAGUUGUUAUUAUUGUAUUUACACUGAUUUUUUGCCGCAUUUUAUUUUUAAAUGAGUUUUCAAAUAAAAAGUUAUAUCAUGUUUGUUUAUCUUUAGUUGAGUGCCUAUUCAAAUGGAGUACAGACGGCGUUUUAAUGUACGCGUAUUCAGCAAACGAUAGUUAAGCGCCUUCAGUCUGUGCUGUUUAUAAGAAAAACUAUAUUUUGACACAAGAUUGAGCACAAGUGCCCACUCCUGUCACGCAGCACAUUCAAAAUGUGUGUACGCGUGUAUUGGAACACCUAGGCAAAAGUUAACUGACAACAUAAACGUCUGUUUUAUUAAUAACUGUGUAGAGUUGUUCUAAGAAAACUGACGGUCAUGUUAUCUGUGCAUUUCCGAGUCUCUCGCGCGUCAGUGGCCUGCUGGAACCGGACAACUCGAAGCAAACCGACUAUAUUACGCGAUCCUAGACAUUGACUAUCCACGGCUCGCCGGGAUGUGAUGAAUAACCUUUGUGAUAUUCUUCAACAGUCAGUCAUAGCCAUCGUUGUUUAUAGAGGAAUGAUCAUAUGCCUGUUAGCUUUAUUUAUUAUGUUGUUGUUGAGCGUAGAUUGAAAUUCUUCGAAAAUAUUCAUUACAUCCUAUGUUUUGUAAAGAAUAAAAUCAUUAGUUAUUUUAAAAUAAUUCCUAGAUCUGUAAUAAAUUACAGUAUUCUGUUUGAAAAGUUA